CAUCAAUCCGUUUCACCAUGGAGAUCGAGAACAACAACAAGAUCGUCUUUCUCGACACGUCAGUUUACAGAGACCCUGAUGGCCGCCUUACCAUCAGUGUCUACGGGAAACCAACACAUACUGAUCAGUACCUAGUGUACGAUUCACACCACCCUCAGUCAGAAAAGCGCGGUAUUGUGAAGUGUCUGUACGACCGAGCUAAACGUCUCGCGACCAAACCAUCAGUAAUCGCUGGAGAGAAGAAACAUCUGUCAUCUGUACUUGUUUCUAACGGAUAUCCCUCCUCUUUUGUACAGAUUGUACAGAAGAUCACAAAGGCACGAACAACCCCAAGAAGACAGCCCGUCGCGGAAUUUAAAUCGACUGCCGUUUUGCCUUAUAUAAUUAUGUCCAAGGAGUUUCGGAGUCUCUCCGCCGCUGCCUAGAACAACAAGGCAUUC